ACAUUACUCUUCGUGAAACAUGAAGGUGCUUGUUUUCGUAUGCUUGUGCAUGGCAGUAGCUGCUUCGGCAGCCAUGGAAAAAGAGCAAGACAAGAGCGAACUGAUCAGAAAGUGUAGGGUAUCCUUGGCGAAGAAAGAGUUCUCAGAAGAGUGCCAGGUGUUGAAAGAAAUGCGAAUCAAAGCAAUGGAAGAAAGGAAGAAAGCAAUCAUGGAAAAGAAAGAAGCUAUGGAAAAGAAAAAGGCAAUCGAAAUGGCUGCUCUGACGAAAAAGUGUGAAGCUGCAAUGGAGAAGAAGGUCGUAUUGAGGGAAUGCUAUGCCCUAAAGCAGAGACUCGAAGCCAUGGAGAGAGUUAAAAUUGCGGCUGAGAAGAAAAAGAAAGAGGCCGCCAUGAUUGAAGCUGAAUUCAAGAAACUCCCAGAGGAAGUCCAGAAAAAAAUCAUCAGCUGUAAGAGUGCCUAGGAAUCCGAUGAAUGCGUCGCACUAAAGGAGAGGUUCAACAAUAUGAUUGCCCAAAAGAAACGAGAAUUGGCAGAAAAGAUG